UCCGUUACAGCACUGAAUGCCUUUCGCGUGUAGAUACAAGAGGGGGAGGGGGGGGGAAGAAUGCUUCGAUGAUUCAAAAACUCUGGCCAAUCCCGAGUCACGUGACUCAACCACCGGCAGCGAUAGAGAGCGCAAAAGGGACGCAGAGCCUCGGUGUACACAAGUCUGCACACCGACAGUCCACCACCGCUAUACGCCCAAUUUCUUUUUAAUUGAACCCUUUUACUCCCGCUCGGUGAGUACAUUUUCCACUGACAUUUUCUUAAGCAUAUUUUUAUCCUCUUUUUUUUUUUUCUUGCUUUCUUGACUUGGUGUUCCGACAUGGGGGAAAUGUUUUCUCGUUUUCUGCAUGCAGUGAUUUAAAUCUUGGAUGCUGAGUGUUGUUGCUCCGGCGACAUCCGCUGAGAAAUAGCCCUAUACGUGCUUUGCGGACGCUCUUGAUAUUUUUUCUUCCCCCCCCCUCCCUCAACACCCCCGCUCUCUCUCUUCUUCUUCUCUUUCCGAAGCAGCUUUCUUUACGAGCUCUCUUGUUAUUAUCCCGACGUUUUGCUUAUUUUCACGCUUUUUCCUCCUCCAUCAUGGCUUGUUUUGGUGUGAUUUUGGUUUUGGUGCUUUCCUCUGAUCUUGCAGUGUUUCUCUGGUGUUGGAGGCUGUGCGUCUCCGAGGGCGCAAAAAUAACUGUUUUGAUUUUCACCUGUGAGGAUUUUGCUUUUCUAAUAGGUGAGACAUUUCACUUUGCUGGAGUUUGUUUUGGUGCUUUCUUUGUACUUCUUUGUGCAGCCUUAACGAGCAAAUGGAAACUUUUUGUUUUGCAAAACGGAUAUCUCGGACAGAGCUGGAUUUGCAUUGAACUGUCAAAUAGUUUUAGAUCUUUUAAAACAGUAGAUGUGUCUUCAAAACUCAGCAGAACCGCACAUCAAAAAGCAUGCCACAAUUAAAGACAUUUUUCAUCCUAAAUCCAUGUUCCUUUUUCUUUUGAGGACUAAUGAAACGUGAUUUUUUUUUUUUUUUUUUUGAAUGUCACAGAAUGCAGGAUUCAUGUUGGCUUUUAAUUUGGAAAAUUUAAAACAAGUCCAUGAAUGCCAAUGACUGCUGUGCAACACAAAAGAGAAGCAACAACAGAUUCCUGCCAAUUGAACCAAACACAGCUGUGCUCCUCCGGCCUGAUUCUCUUGCUUCACACACAAACCUAACGUUUAGGAGUGAUAACUGGCAAACACUCACACAUCACACACAGAGAAGCUUGGAAACUUAAACUGUCUGAAUGAGUCGACGGAGGACGGGGAGGGUUGGACGGGGUCCUUCAGGCCAAGGCAAAUACAUUUGCAGCAGUUCAUUAUGCAAAUCAGGCUGAUAGAUUUGAUUAGUAGUCUGACCUUGACAUGCAGCCAGAAUUCACCCGCAAGCGACAAAUUAAAAAACACAAAUUCUCCUGCAAUUACCAGACAAAAAGAAAAGUGACAUUACCAUUUUAAAUGACCGCUGGAAUCACCGCUUUAAAAUCCUUGGCCAAAGUUUGUUUUUGUGCUCUGCUAAAAAGAAAUGCUUCCAAAACAGUCAUAAGACAAAACCUCCUUUCAAUCAUCCUCGGAAGAUACGGGUGAAGGCAUUUGACAAGCUAUUCCAGCCUUCAUACUUUGCAGGUCAGGGAACGGGUGGGGGAAGCCGAGCGUGAAAUGUGCUGCUACGCAAACAAUACUUAUCUGUCACUAGGGAUGAGGUGGGAGGCUAGCUCUGGAAUAGCCGGCCUAUAUGCACUGAAUCACUUAUAGAGGAGGAAAGGAGGAAUUUCUGGACCGGGCAGUAAUCUGUCUCUGUCCAGUCGAGGACUGUCUUUAUGCACCCGUGGGCCGGGAUGAUCAUUGACCCCUAGCAGGUGUGCCAUGUGGGCUGCCUUGAAGCCACGCACCACAGAGUCCAUCUUCUUUGAGACACGGAUGAAAAAUGUUUUAGAGCUGCUCCCACUUCCAGACUCUAGGUCAUAGAACAGAUUUGGGGGGACUGCUUCUCUUUUUACAUCCCUGCAUGUGAAAGAUAACCAAAGAGAAAAACAGAUGAGGGAGCCAGACAAAAACAUCGAAAGAUGAUGGCAUGCUCACGUGUGUGUGUGUGAAAGAGUGUGUUUCUGUGUGUUAAAAUUCACAAACACACACACAUAUAUGAUACGCACUUCACAUAGAACAGUUCUGUGUUACAUUAUGCAUGUGGUAAUACCCACUGCUCCCUAUUAGAUCUCCUAUUCUUGGAUCUGUACGCUAUGUUCCAUGCCGGCAUUAGUCAUAUUCAACAUAUUUUUCAAUACAGAGUCCGUCUUUUCAGCCACUGGAAAGCAGCCGUUUGGAUGAACAACGGUAUGUGUACGCACCUGAUGCUCAGUUCUGUUGUGAGACCUGCCAUUAGGCGAGCAACACCAGUCUUUCAGCACCACGGCCAGCUCCUUUUAUUAUCCAUUCACAGAGAUAGUGGUGGAUUUCAGCACCAUGGACAGCUGCUAACACUUUAUUACUCUGGCAGCUGGAGCAAGCUGAUUCUUGCCUGGAAGUAAAGUGUCUCUACUCACUAACCCCUGCCCUCUCCACCGCACACAUCUUAUUCUGAGCUAUUUCAAGCUCUUUACCCCCCAUUCAAAAGGCUGAAAAGGAGAUUUCACCCUAGAUUAGACAAUACUUUCUCUGAACGAGCUCCUGUAUAGUUUAAACUUGUUGAAAAAGCUUAUUUUGGUCUUUUUAAAACCAGAAUUGGAAUACAUAUCUUGUAAAGAUGGAUAUGUAGGUAUACAACAAGUAUUUGUAUUGUUGUUCAACAAAAUAACAGGAACACUUACAGUAUGCUCACAAAGCCACAUUUACCUUGGAGUUGAAUGAACAAAAAGAUUAAACACCACGAGUUCUAGGAAUGUAGUUGUAGUAUUGUGUGAUAUUGUCAGGGUUAACGAAUUUUAAAUGCCUCCAUUCAACAUGCUGAAACAAUUGGUUUCACCGUGGAUAAACUAAACAAAAUACUUUCUCAGACAGGGUUCCUGCUGACCAGGGGGUCCAUGGAAAUAUUGACUCAGGCAGUGCUGCAGGACUAGGAUGACUGGGAAGACCCAGACCAGCAACGUGACCAACAAGAAUGACCCGCGCUCCCUCAACUCCCGCGUCUUCAUCGGCAACCUCAACACGGCCGUGGUAACCAAAGGCGACAUCGAGGCCCUCUUUGCCAAAUACGGCAAGAUUGUGGGCUGCUCGGUCCACAAGGGCUACGCCUUCGUUCAGUACGCCAGUGAGAGGAACGCCAGGGCAGCAGUGGCCGGGGAGAACACCAGGGUCAUCGCCGGACAGUCACUAGAUAUCAACAUGGCAGGAGAGCCAAAACCAUACAGGCCUAAGAUGGGCUCCAAGAGGCCCCUGUCAUCCCUCUACAGUGGCUAUGAGUUUGACUAUGACUACUACAGAGACGAUUUCUACAGCAGACUCUUUGAGUACCACGGUCGUGUCGUGCCCCCGACCCGUGCUGCAAUCCCCAUCAAACGUUCGCGACUAGUCGUCCCGUCCACACGCAGAGCCAAAUCCUCCUUUCCCGUCAGGGCCUGUUCUUCCUCCUCCUCCUCCUCUUCCUCCUCCCGAGCGCUCAAUGUCGGCUCCUCCAUCACAGUACCUAAACUGAAGACAGACCAGCUCCAAACAAUCAAGAAGGAGCUGUCACAGAUCAAGACCAAGAUCGACUCCCUGCUUGGAAGGCUGGAGAGGAUUGAGAGGCAACAUCGCUCUGACGGCGACAUGCAGAGGAAACAAGAGGAGAUGUGUGAGUGUCUCCAUGGUGAUGCAGCAGACCGCUCUGGUGGAGAGGAGGCGGAGGGCACCGCCGAGGUGGAGGCAGGGGAGAUGACGGACGGCGGUGAGGAUGACUUUGAAGAUGAAGGCACCAGCGACAUGUUGGGGAAAAGGGGAGCCUACCAUCCAAGAAGAAGGGAGAACAGAUGCCAGCAAAACCUUCUUGAUCAAGAAGGUGUAUUUGAAAUUUUAGGAAAGCGAUGACGGGAGUGACUGACAGCAGAGGAAGAGUUUUUCAAACUUGUUUUUUCGCUUGUUUGCCUCAUUAGAACAUGACACUCCUGGUGUGUACUUCAUCUAAAUGCUGGUUAUAAAUAUUCUUCAGACGACUGCAAGGUCACCUGCAAAGAGCAAUCUAUAAUUGCCCUUCAAGCUGAUUGCCUUUCUGGAAAGUAAGGACAAUAUAUUGUGUUCUUAAUAUAUUGUGGUCUGUAUUGUGCAUAAAAAUACAGUUACGUUGUCAGUCAGAGGAAUCAUGAAACGCCCUCUUUUGUUGUAAUGUUUGUUCUGUUUCUGUGCAUUGAAAACUGUGACGAGUCGGGACGCUGGCAGCGAGAGCAGACUUGAUAGUUAUGUGAUUUUUCUUUGUUCGUACAUUUAACUGAAAUGUAAUUUAUUCAGAAUGUCUCCACACUGUUUGUCAUCCGUUUUACAUAAGAUGCAUUUUGAAUUCUGUUUACAUUCUGUUUAUGGUUGACAAAAAAUUACAAUUUUUUUUACUAUCGGCAUGUUAAAAAAUGUGGCUGUUAUUAUGGAUCAUUUGUAUUCAUUGCAUCUGUUGUACAGCUAUGGAUGAUAGCAGUUUUUGAAAUAAACCCGGUCCUCCCAAAAAACAUAAAAAAA